UGUGUGUGUAAAAUUACGAAAAUCAGACCCCUGUCCAAAUACUUCAAAGACUCGAGGGUGUAAGACGUUGGCCUUCAUUUGCCACUGCGCAUGUGCAGAACAUGUAAACACGAAAAUGCCGCCAAUAGCGUAUUGUUUGCCUUGUGGAUAAAGUGUUUUGUUCCUUUUGCUGUGGUGAACUUAAAAAAAUGUUUCACUCUCUGGUGAAGCGACAUGAAGGUUCAAUUUAUUGAUUUGACUUAAGUGAAUAUGUAAGAAAGGAGUUGUAUUUCCACGCUUUCCUACGGUACUUCUGACGUCACAAUGCACCGUUCUCCAUCAAGAAUAUAAAAGGCCAGAACACACACGAGAAAGCAAACAGAAUUGUUGGAUUUUAAGCAGACAAUAAUAAGAUUGUAAGAGUGUACAUUUUUGAAUGCAUCACAUUAAAAUUAAAAGUCUUUUUGGGAGCCAAUUCUAUUUUAACAUACCCAUCUUCGUGAAACUCAGCAAUCUGGCAACCCUUCUGAGUUUCACAUCAAGGCGAGAAAUCAGUAGCGCGCGUAUAAAGAAGCAGAAGUUGAAAUAGAAGAAUUGGAUCAUCCUCGUCGUGUGUAUCACCUGACCGUCAUUUUACCAGUAUGUCCACUUCAUACAAGUCGCGUGUGUUGUCGCUGGUUCUGGUGUGUGUAUAUGUGCUGUAUCUGGUGUUCGGAGCUUUAGUGUUCUCGGCACUGGAGAAGCCGCUGGAGGAGAAAGUUCAGGCCGAGCUGAAUCUUCUCAAACAGCAGCUUAUCAGUAAUAUGAGCUGUAUUAACAUAUCCACACUGGAGCAGCUCUUACAAACACUCCUAAACGCGAACAAAUACGGAGUGUCACUAGCACAAAACUCCUCCGAGUACUCCAACUGGGACCUGGCGUCUGCAUUGUUCUUCUCCAACACUUUGGUGACCACCAUCGGUUAUGGCCAUACCACUCCACUGUCUGAUACGGGGAAAGCAUUCUCCAUUGUGUAUGCUCUAUUAGGUGUCCCCUUCACCAUGCUGGUGCUGUCUGCAUGUGUGCAGCGACUCAUGUCGCCGUUAUACCUUCGGCCAGUGGCGUCAUGGCGUCGCCGGUUCGGCUGGCAUCCUCACAUGGCCAACACUGUACACUUUGUCCUCCUGCUCCUGCUGGUUUCUGUGGUGUUCUUUUUAGUGCCAGCUACUGUUUUCAGCAUCAUUGAAGGUUCAUGGUCAUUCCUGGAGGCCUUUUAUUUCUGCUUCAUCUCCCUUUGCACCAUUGGGUUAGGUGACUUUGUCCCAGGCGAGCAGCCAAAACAGAAGUUCAGACCACUUUACAAGAUAUCUGUUAUGGUUUACCUGUUUGUAGGUUUGAUGGCAAUGUACUUAGUCCUUCGCUCUUUCCAUAAACUGGCCGAUGUUCAAGGAUGGACAGCGUUUUUCCAUUUGCCAAGCUGCGACGACGAUGGUGAUGAAGAGAGAGAAAGCCCUGCUGUAGAACCUAACGAGUGCGAGAGAGACACAAAGCCACUGGACCCAAGCGCUCGUGUCUCUUACAACUCUAUUAGCAAAUAAUCUCAUCCAGGCUGACGCUGUGUUCACUGGGCAGUGGAGAAUGAGGGAAGUGUAAAGUUUGAGCUUUGAAUUCAGAGCAGGAUUGAUCAAGUUGUAUGGGAACAAAGAACGACUUUUAUUUGCAACGGUUUCUCUUUGCUAGAUUUUGAUGUUUACUGGAACAAAUUGUUAUUUAUUUUUAAAGUACCUACAGCAAACAAAUUGUUCAUCUUGUCUAUUUGGACCACAAUGAACAGGUACAUAUUGGAUAGGUUUUUUUUUUUUUUUUUUAAGGAAGAACAAAUAAUAUAACUAAUAAUGAACUAUUGGGCAGUAAGGGAAUAUUUCCGCUUCUAUACUUUAUUGUUGUAUCCAAAGUGUAUAAAAUUAUUAUUAUUUUUUUUUUCUUGUCACGUGUCUGGCUCCUGCAGUUUUUCUAAAUAUAACUUGUGAAUUAGGAAAUUCAUUUUAGGUUUUUUUUUUUUUCUAUUUUUGACUGCUUUAUUUAGUAUUCAUCAGACUUUCUUUCCCAUUAAGCAUACUAUUUAAAGUUAUUUGUUGUGAAUAGAUUCAAUUUUGGACAUUUAACACAGUGCAAUAUCAGUCAGUCUGUAUGGAGUCAUGUUUACAAAUGUUUUUUUUUUUUUUUUUCUCUCUCUUCUUGCCACUUUUCUGGAGACAUCUUUGAUCUGAGGCAUACUGCUUCUGCAGGGUCUCAAUAUAAAUGCUGAAACGGUGACGAAUAAAAUUAGAAAUAAUUUUAUUUUGAAUCACUACUUAUUUGGACCAUUCGUGCCUUAUCCUGUGUGUUCUUAGAUACGUAUAGAUUUCAUCAGUGACAAUCUGUGGAACUUGACAUUUGUUAUUUAUAUAUGGCUGUUAAAUAAAGUAUUUUGUAUAUUGUUCUCCUGCCCAGGCUGCAUUGAUGGUGAUGGUGAAAUUGCAGAUGCUAUGACAAUAUUGUCAACAACAUGCAGUUUAGAGGAAGGUGCUUUUUUGGGUACUUAUAAUCUGACCCAUUUAAAACUGUAGGCCUUACAAUCUAUAUUUUUUUAUAUUGUAAUGAAAUGUAAACCAUAUUUUAAACAUUAAAGGUUAUCAAAGUUUUAAAGUAAAGACGUCUUUGUUACUUUGUGAACGGCGUUCUUUAGUUAUCGGUGCCCAAAAAUGCAGCCUCCUGCCUGAAUGAACAUGUUGUAAUGUCUGACAAACACCUGAUCAAAUAUGAUGUGAUGUGCAGUAGUAGUAACUGUUAAUCCUAUGAAAGUUAUUGAUAUUUACCUGUAUGACAUAUAUAAUACUAAUAUGAAUAUAAAUGUGGAUUUUUUUUUUUUUUUAAGCUACUAUGUUGGGAACAAAAAGGGCUGAAGUUACAAGAGGGGAACAAAGGAUCAAAAUAAAUGCAUAGAAUGGUUUACUAUGUUGUGUAAAACUAAUCUUUCAGUCAUGUCUGAACUAUAAUCAGGAAGAGACUUUUGAGACAUGUACAUAUUAGCAGAGCUCUGUGAGCCUUAUUCAUACACCCAAAAUGUCUUAUAUAAACCGUCCUGUGAGAUGACAUUACAGUAGAUUGUAAAUAAUAAAUGUUUAUUCAAUUUGAAUUAUAACAGCAUAUUAACAAUUGUAGCAUAUUAGAAAUUUUUUAAAGUAAGUAAAUGAAUGAUGGCUGGAA